AUGACAUCGGUCCAGCGGCUCCUGCUGCUGCUCUCCUUGGCUUUUGCCAGCGUCUGUGUCAACGUGGGGCAGCCGUUUCCAGAGGGGGUGGAGAACGAGGGAAAGAGCAAUCUGGAUGGCAUCCUCCAAAGGGCAGAAAACAUCAUCUUGAAGUCCAUUUUGAAGAAGGUGGACAAUGACAAAGAAGAUCCCAACAAAGAGCCAGGAGCUUUUCAGCCAGACUGGAUCUCGAAAAGGCAGCACCCUGGAAAGAGAUCUCUCUAUGAUCUAGAAAAGAAGCAGCAUCCCGGGAAAAGGGAAGAUGAAGAGGGUGAAUUUGAUCCCUACUUGGAAGUGCAGAAGAGCCAGCACCCAGGCAGGAGUUACCUGCGAGAACAAUACCUUGACCUGCCUAGCAGCAGCCAGCUAGCUUAUCUGGAUGAAUUCUCCAAAAGGCAACAUCCAGGCAGGAGGUACCUAACUUACAGCAAACGGCAGCACCCUGGCAAGAGGAGCUGGGAGGAGGAGAUCGAUGAGGGCGAGCAGAACUUGGAGAAACGGCAGCAUCCAGGCAAGAGGUACCUGGUGGAUGCAGAGAACCCAGACUACACUACUGUCCCCUGCGAGCCCCAGGAUUCCUUUGAAUGUAGCAAAGGCAGCUUGCUGCUAGAGUUGCUCGAUAACGUAAGCAAGGGCCGCCUCGACGAGAAGCGGCAACAUCCCGGAAGAAGGUCUUCAUGGGAUGGUGCGGUGGAGGAAGAGGAAUGAGACGUGGCCAGGGUGUGUGCUUUCUCGUUGUUUUCAUUCCUCCGAACGAUUUCUCCCAACCAUUCAAUGUUCCACCCAUAACCCUUUUUUCUUCUUCUUUACUUUCUGCUUGCUG